UGGUUAUUUACUAGACAAAUUAUUUACUUAUAUUUAAUUAAUUAAUUUGGAGACAAUCUCAAGUAGGCCACGAUGGUCUUGACUUCCUCCUGCCUCAGCUUCCUAAGUGUCGACGCCGGCUUUUGAUGGUUUAUCUGGUUUUGACUGCUGAAUGUCUAGUCUAUGGUGUCACGGGGUUUUCAGGGCUUGAGAGUUGAAUGUUGAUCCAGUACAGGCUCAGAGUUAUAUGAGUGUGGGGGAGUUUUGGAGUUAGCUCAUGGGUUUGAAGUUUGAAUGGGGCAAGGUUGGGGAUCUGGUUUAAUAGUUUGCAGGAAUGCAAUGAAGACCCUAAGUUUUGAGGUUUCCUGGGCUGGGGGACGGUCUGAGUUCACACUUUGGGUCUCUGAUUAUGUCUCCUUUUUACUUGGGAAUUUCCCAAAGCCCCUCAUAUCGAGAUUUGGAAUCCUCUAAGACUGUUUCUGGCUUCUGUUUAGCGUCCACCCCGCCCUCGUUUUGGGGUGAGAAGAUCCUCUAGCGGUGCUGGCGAGCUGGGCGCUCUGGCCUCCAUGGGGCCGCGUUUUACACUCUUGCUGGCGGCUCUGGCCGACUGCCUGUGUCCGGCGAGGCCCUGCAUCAUAUGUGACCCGUUUGUAGUGGCUGCGCUAAAGACUUUGGAGCAGAGUUACCUGCCUGGCCACCUGGCACCCGAGCAUCAUGAAAACGUAAUGAAGAGGGUGGAGCAGGCAGUGAAGGACUUCAAGGAUCUGCCUUUGAAUCAGGAUACCUAUGUGGGGGCCGUGGAUGAGGACACACUGGAACAGGCAUCCUGGAGUUUUCUGAAGGAUCUGAAACGUAUCACAGAUAGUGAUGUAAAAGGAGAGCUCUUUGUAAAGGAAUUAUUCUGGAUGCUCCGUCUGCAAAAGGACAUUUUUGCCACCCUUGCUAUGCGUUUCCAAAAAGAAGUUUAUUGUCCCAACCAAUGUGGCACGAUGUUGCAGACUCUGAUCUGGUGUAAUAGGUGUGAGAAGCAGGUCCACUCCUGUCGCAAAUCCAUGGAUUGUGGGGAGCGCCGGAUAGAGGUGCCGCGAUUGGAAGACAUGGUCCUGGACUGCCAGCUCGGUUGGCAUCAUGCUUCUGAGGGACUUACGGAUUACAGUUUUUACAGGGUUUGGGGGAACAGUUCUGAGACCUUGCUGUCCAAGGGGAAAGAACCCUACCUGACCAAGACGAUGGUGGGUCCAGAGGAUGCCGGCAACUACCGCUGCGAGCUGGGGACCAUCAACUCUGGUCCUGCCACCAUUAUUCAUUUUCGUGUCGUAGUACUGCCCCAAAGGACAGCAGAAGAAAAACCGGCACCAAACAUCAUAACCCAGGAGGAGGAGGCCCCCGGACAGGUGACUGCAGAGACCCUGGAGCCCGUAAUUACAAUCGCCAAUCAGCCAAAACCACCGAGAGCUGCGAAACACCACCGCCUCUUAAUACUGUUGAUCCUUGGCUUCAUCAUUCUGGGGGCCAGCAUCAUUGUCACGGUACUUCACUUUAGGAAAGCUAGAGGUAAAUCCAAGACCUCAAGUUUGGACGUGAAAUCCUCAAGGGCAGAAUUCAAGUCGUCAGAUCAGGAAAGGUCCUCUGUCCAGCCGGAGUCAUCCCCACCGGUAGAAUCGAAGCCCUCUCAGGGUGACAGUGCUGCCGAGGACACAGAGGACAAGGCCGAGGAAUCAGAAAGCUAAUAAAGAUUUGACCUGUUGUCUCAGUUUCUGACUUACUCUUGGGGACUGGUCCUGACUUCUGGCUCCAAGAGAGGAGCAGCUGGAACAUGGGACCUCCCUCUGCAGGGGGCCCAUGAAUGGUGGGCCCAGAAUCAAGGCAUAGGCCAGGGUCAGCCCUGCCCCAUCUCCUCCCCCAGGCCUGGUCUCCUCACAGGACGCCCCCUCCCCGCUCUUCCU